AUGGCGGCCAAUAGCGUAUUGGUGAAUGAUGUCCCUAUGCAAGGCAGGGGCUUCUAUAGCUCGCAUUCUGAGCUGCAGCAUGCAGCCAUGCUUGAGGCACUGCCCUUACUCCGAGCAGCGGCUUCUAGCAUCAAUGUCCACUCAAAGCAGAUGGGUCGACUCACAGUGGCGGAGUACGGCUCCGCCCAUGGUAACAACUCUUUUGAGCCAUUUUCUGCCAUAGUACAUGCCAUGCAUGUGCCCGAAGACACCCAAGUCACAUUGGUCCUGAGUGAUCGCCCUGAAAAUGAUUUCAGCAUCCUCGCCUCAAACAUCGCUGCCUUUGAGGUGCGUCAGCAGCAAAAGAAGCAGCUGUUCACGGCCAUGGUGCCCAAAUCUUUCUACCAACAGAUUGCGCCAUCCGACUCCGUUAGUAUUGGCUUCUCACUGGCCUGUCUGCACCACCUGGAACAUGUUCCACCCCUGGCAGAGGGAGAGUCCCCUGUCGACGUAUCCCGUACUUCCAUCCUCCGCGAGCAAUCCCACAAAGACCUAUUGCGGUUCCUCAAUCAUCGAGCAGCCGAAAUAGCGCCCGGAGGUGCCCUAGUGCUGUCCUUUGUGGCCCAGUCGUCCACCGGGGAGGAGAACUAUGCCGGCCUUGUGGAUGCUUGUCGGCGCGCGCUAGUCGAGAUGCUCCAGGCCGGGCUGAUCCCCAUCGCUGCUGCUACUUCCUUUGAAGUGCCCACCUAUAACCGAAAACUGGAAGAUCUAGGCGAGUUGAUCAAAGAUGGGGUGCCUGGCAAGUGGGUAGUCAGGGACGUUGCAGAGAAGCGCGUGGUCCAUCCGGCCGGUGCCGAAUUGCGGGCGCGGCAUCAGACGACGGACAGCAUUCGCGAUAAUGGUGAUAAGCAGAAGCAGCGGGACGAGGACAGCAAGUGGUAUGCUGAAACUGUGACUGAUUGGCUAAUGGCGGUCGUUUCCGGCUACUUCCUCAAGGCCCUGCGUGUUGGUCUGGGUGUUGGCUAUACCGAACAAGGAGGGCAUACGCUACUAGCGGAGUGGGUGCAGAGGACCAAGGACAUGCUUCUGGCACACCACCGCGAUGAGGAUGUAAGCUGUUGGUUCAUCUAUCUGCGUUUAGAAAGACUCUAG